AAAUAAUUCUUCGUUAUCUUGUCAGUCAUGAAGGCAUCAUGGAUCCUGGGCGCUGCCCUCCUAUCCCACACCGCCGUCGCGACCUUCUUGCCUCCACCUUGUGUCAAGAAAUGUAUCAAGGAGGUCGGAUGCGAUCUUCUUGACCUCAAGUGCAUCUGCAGCAAAUCCGACGACUGCGACGCCGGUCCCAGCUUCUUCGACUGCGCCGAGAGCGAAUGCGGCGACAGCUUCCGCAGCGACAAGAUCAUUGACAAGCUCCAAGGCCUCUGCGGCAAGAAGAACAAGCCCUUCAAGCACCCGGGCAACGAAUGCCCGAAACCAAGCACGCCCGGGAAGCCGCCGCAGAGCAAGCCUCCAUCCAUAAGCACCAAGGAACCCCACCCGAAACCCACCAAGCCUCCCGGCUCGAAGCCGCCCCCAGAGACGCCGAAGCCAUCCACCCUCACGCAGGUAACCGUAGUGCCGGUCCCGUGCGAGGCGUGCCAGUCGAGCAAGACCCCUGACGCACCGAAGCCGAGCGGCUCAGGGAAGCCUCCAAGUGGAGGGACCGGGACACCGCCGAAGCCGUCGGGCAGCAAGCCAUCAAAACCGACUACGGGUCCGUCGGCAUCGAAGCCGGCGCCGCCUAGCUUUACGGGCGCCGCUUCGUCGGUUUCGGUGGAACGGAUGGGUCUUUUGUCAGGGCUGCUCGCUAUGCUGGCUCUGUUCUAGUUGUUAUUCUGGGGUAUCCUAGUUUCCGGUCUGGCCAUCGUGCAUCUGUUUGCGUUGAGGAUUGGGAUCCUUGGCCGAAUAUAAUGAGGUCAGUGAGCGG